AUGGGUGAAGAGAAGAAGCUCAUGGAGUUGUGUGUGCCAACCUCAGCUGAGUUGAAGAUCAGAGACCUCACUCAACCUCAGAAGACCUUCGAGAUCAGGAGCUCAGUGAUCAACAUGAUCUGCUACACGUUCAACAUAGAAGGAGUCACUGACAACCAGAUCCGAGCAAGGUUAUUUCCAUUUUCUCUGAUCGGGAAAGCUCACCAGUGGCUGUCUACACUUCCAGAGGAUACAGUGAACAAUUGGCAGCAGUUACUUACAGCGUUCAUCGCCAAGUACUUUUCACCUGGGAAGACUCAAGCUUUGCGGAACAAGAUUUCAACAUUUGCGCAGUACCCCAUGGAGACAUUUGCUAAAGCCUAUGAGAGAUUCAACGAUUAUGUGUUAGCCUGUCCUCACCACAACUUUCAGAAAUGGGACUUAGUGCAGAAAUUCUAUGGUGGACUCAACGCAGUGUGUAGAGCUCAGAUUGACGCAUCAUCCGGAGGAUCAAUUCUCAGUCUCACUCCUACUGAGGUAGAGAGUUUGUUCAAGAAGAUUGCUGAGAAUGGAGCAUGGGGAGCAGACAGGGCACCUAGCACGAGUCAGACUCCAUCCACUGCUGUAGCGAAGAGUGUGCUAGAGGUGGAUAAGAUGGAGAUCCUUGGUGGAAAGAUAGACUCACUCAUGAGGAGGUUCGAGAAGAUGGAGAGUGGCAGAGCAGAGGAAGUGAAAGCUACUGAAGCCAGAAUGACUUGUGAAGAGUGUGGAGACUACGGCCAUUCGAGGGAGAAUUGCCCAGAGGAAGCUAAGGCUUUUGACUAUGCCAGAAAGGAAGGUUGGAUUCCCCCGUCCAACACCAAGAUCAACAAAGACACUCACUCCAAGUUCAAGGCUAUGGACAUGGUGCUAGAGAAUAUCGACGGCAAGAUCACUACUGUGGGAAGCUCGAAUCAACAGCUCAUGGGGAUGAUGAAGAUUUUAGAGAAUCAGCUCUCUCAGUUAGCAGAACAUCUCCCUAACAGAAAUGAUGGAAAGUUGCCAGGUCAACCACAGUCCAAGGAGUCACUGAAGGCUAUCUCUACCAGGUCAGGAAAAGAGACUAAGGACCCAGUGAUGCCUACAAGAUCUGCCAGUCAAGUGGAAGAGGAAAGUCAGAGUGAAGACGAACCUUCAGUGAUGUUUGAUGACACUAGGAUUCUACCAGAGAAGAGCAGGGUUUGUUCUAGCAAGACAGAUGAGCAGUUCAACAGAUUCGUUGAGAUGAUCAAGCAUCUGAACAUCACUCUGUCGCUAUUGGAUGCACUUCAAGUUCCCACUUAUGCUAAGUACUUCAAGGAUUUGUUAGCUAACAAGAAGGAAGUGACAUCCGACAAUGUGAAGAUGAAUACUGAGUGUAGUGCAGCUAUCAUGGACAUACCCCUGGAGAAGAAGGCAGAUCCGGGAUGUCCCAGCAUUCCAUGCUCUAUUGGUGAACUUAGCAUUGACAAGGCUCUGUGCGAUCUUGGAGCAAGUGUUAGUGUGAUGCCGAAGUCAAUGUUCGAUAAGCUGCGACUGCCGAAACCAGAACCAACUUCCAUGUGUCUAGAGUUAGCUGAUCGCUCAGUCAGAUAUCUAGAAGGAGUAGCUGAAGAUGUGCCGGUGCAAAUUGGAACUAAUCUUGUACCAGUGGACUUCGUUAUUCUGGAGAUGGGAGCAAGCUCAAGAUCACCAUUGAUGCUAGGAAGACCUUUCCUCAGGACAGCUCAAGCUAACAUCAAUGUCGGGAAGGGAGAAAUCAAAUUCAACAUCAAUGGAGAAUCUACUUUGUUCAAAUUUCGUCCAAGAUUUGAAGUGUGUAGAUCAGUUGAAGAAGACGAAGCUUGA